AUGUUCCGCAACAAUUACGACAACGAUUCGGUCACAUUCUCUCCGCAAGGAAGAAUAUUCCAGGUCGAGUAUGCCGCCGAGGCCGUGAAGCAAGGUUCAGUGGUGGUUGGUUUGACGAGCAAGACACACGCCGUACUGGUAGCAAUCAAGAGAAAUGCAGAGGAGCUGUCAUCAUACCAGAAGAAGCUCUUUGCCAUAGAUGAGCACGUAGGCCUCGCUAUUGCCGGUCUGACCUCGGACGCCCGUGUCCUCUCCAACUUCAUGAAGCAGCAAUGCCUAUCGCAACGCCUCACCUACGGCCGAGACAUGCCCGUCGAGACCCUCGUAUCCCUGAUCGGCGAAAAGGCUCAAAGGAACACGCAGCACUACGGCAAGCGGCCUUACGGUGUCGGUCUUCUCGUUGCCGGCAUUGACGAGACCGGCCCCCACCUAUACGAGUUUCAGCCCAGCGGCAUGACCCAGGAGAUGGUGGCAUGUGCGAUUGGCGCUCGUUCCCAGAUGGCCCGGACAUACCUCGAGAAGAAUGCCGAGAAGUUUCCCGAUUGCGGCCGAGAAGACCUGAUCAAGCAUGGUCUUAAAGCACUGAAGGAGACGCUGGUUCAGGAUCGCGAGCUGACGGUUGACAACACAAGUGUCGGUGUCGUGGGUCUCACUGGAACCGGCAAGAAGUCACUUGAGUUCUUCAAGGUGCACGAUGGAAAUGAGGUCAAGGAUUGGAUCAACAGCGUCUCCGACGACGCAGAGGCAGGUGGCGAGACGGCAGAGGGUGAAGGUAUGCAGGUCGAUGACGAGUAA